AAAAGUGAAAAGUUGUUCGGUUCAAUGUUUUUGUAUUAAAUAUAUUGAUUUUCACGGUAAAAAUGACUGGACCAGAGGAAUAUAAAUGUGUAAAUUGCGGUGAAGUAGCGGCGGCAUUGUACAGGACGUACGGACCAUCAGUACUGAAGCUCACAAAAUGUGAGAAAUGCAAGGGUAUAGUGGAUAAAUACAUAGAAUAUGAUCCAGUCAUAGUGAUGAUUGAUCUUGUUUUAAUGUCCAAGGAAGCUCAAAGGCAUACACUCUAUAAUACCGAAUUUAAGGCAUUCUGGAAACUAGCCAUUGUACUGGUGAUGGUAGAAGCAUAUGGAGUGUGGAGGAGUGACAGUUUAUUUAAUAUCGGAGUCAAUUCUAUUUGUGGCAUUGAAAAUAAUUCUACUAAUUUAACUAUACCAAUCAACAUAUCACAAUCAGUCCCAGAGUCUUGGAAAAUAAACUGCUGGGCAUGGGUCCCAGUGGAGAAGGGGGAUGAGGACAAUGACCUGUUUAUAUGGGAAAAAGACUUCUACAUGCAGUUCACAUCUACACUUUGUGGUAUAAUUAUAUUUAUAGCAACAGUUCAUCUGUUGAUGACAAUGGCAACACCAUUUUCAACACAAAAUAAAGUGCCCAUAAUGCGGAUUUUAAAAGCCUUCACAUUAGCAGACGUGAGCAUAUUGUUCACAUUGCCGAUGUUGGUGUGGGGCUCCGACACUUCUGCUGACACAAGAACCUUCCAUUUUGUACUAGUCUAUGCAUACAGCUUCGUAGUAUUUCUAAAUGUAUUUAGUGUAAUAUACAAGUGCCCGAUAGUAAUAACGAUAUUAAUUCUAAUAAUAAGUAAUAUCACAAAAUGUAUAACAAGUUUCCAUGCGACGGUCUUCUUGAAAAGAAUAUUCGGAUAUUGAGAGAAAAGAACAAACUGGUCAUUCGAGAGAUUGUGAGUCUGAAAUUCAAAAUUCCAUCCUAUUGAAGGCUACCGUUUUAUUCUUACUAGGUGGCGCUGUGAAUGAUAAUCAUGUGUGUCCAAUAGAAAACUAGCUGGUGUCAAACAAUUGGACGUUAAAUGUUUGACAGUUUCUAUGGUUGGACAAAAAUACUUAAGGAUGUUAGCGCCAUCUGUUGAGCAAAGAAACGGUAACCCUCGUUGAAUGAAAAUAAAAUUAAUAAGAAUAAAAUAAUAAACAACUCCACAGUAUCACAGAGUAUUUAUUUCAAAAAUAUAACCUUAAUAUAUUUUGCUAUUUAUGGGUUUACUUAGCUAAAUAUAUUAUAAGAUAUAGUAAUAUACAUGUAGUUUACAUAUGUUACACUUACAUAGCAGUACACAUAAGCACAUAUUACUAUUGAAGCAAUUUUUAUAAAGUUUAAUAUGUUUAGGCAAGUGAUAUAGAAUAAUUAAUAGAAUUUGCAUUUUAAUUGUAGAUAAUAAUGUUCCUGGAUCGCAUUUUACAAUCUUUGUCACAAAAAAUGUUAUUUAAUUUAUAACAUACCUAUUUCGUCAUGUUUAUUCAAAUAAUUUUAAAAUAUCUGACAAUAAAGUAAUUAAAUAUUGAUAAAAAUUCGAAACAAAAGUGUGAUACUAUGAUCGUCAUGCUCCGACUGGUAAAAAAAUAUAUCGGGAAUGUAUUUAAUUUUAUAUAUAUUAUAAUAGUAUUACUGCUUCUUUCCAUUUUGAGAGAAUAUUUUAAUGACUAACUCUAAAUGCAAUACUAAAUUCAUGCUGCUAAACUAAGCGAAGAAGCUGUGCUACUAGCUGCUUCUAACACAAUCAUACGAAACUAUAUUAGGUACUAUAACUAACCACUAAUAUUAUGUAGAAUGAAAAAACAGAAAAAUUAUAUCCAAUAUGUUGGAGUAAAUUAAAACUUUAUUAACUAUUAAAUUACUUAAAUUGUCUCGUAGCGACAUCGGCAAAUAUAACUUUUCUACUGGAAUUUAAUUUCAAAAUAAAUGAAUCAUGUUGAGAGAAAAAGUUGGUGAAUAAGUAUGCAUAAUUAUGUAACUUUAACAAAAACAUUUCAGUUGCAUUUCAGUUUCUUUAAAAAUUAAAUUUGUGCCA